AUGUCAGCCCCCGCCAAAUCAAGCGCAGGGUAUCACCGCGCCUGCACCGGCCAAGCGCUCAGCACCGUUGAAUCCCACUCCACCCUCCCCUCCAAUGGCCUCACAAUCUUCGGCGCAGCCUUCUGUCCCUUUGUACACCGCGCAUGGAUCACCCUCGAGUACCUCGGCAUUCCCUACCGCUAUGUCGAAGUAGACCCUUACGAAAAGCCGCAGAUCCUCCUCGAGGUUAAUGCCAAAGGGCUCGUGCCAAGUCUGCGACUGGAAGAUCAGAAGAGUGGGAAAGUGCAAGGCUUAGGGGAGAGCACGGUCAUCAUGGAAUACCUGCACGAGCGAUACGUCGAGGAUGCAAAGUCGCCAAGCAAGCGUCUCCUGCCACCCAUGGACGGGAGUGAGGCCAAUGUCUACGCACGAGCCCAGGCUCGACUAGUCUCGCACCACCUCAACGGAAAACUCAUCCCGUCCUUUUAUCGCUUCCUCCAAGCGCAGGAGGCAGACAAGCAAGUCGAGUACGGAAAAGAGUUUACAGACGAGCUGCGAUGGCUUCAAGACCGACUGGAAGAGGCCGAUCGCAGCGAGGGAGCAGCCGGCGGACCCUUCUACGCUGGGCGCAAAGAGUUGGGUUGGGUCGACGUCAUGGUGGCCCCUUGGGUCUUCAGAGCAACAAAUGUGCUGCAACACUAUCGCUCGCUCGACUUGCAGUCCUCAGAGUUGUUCCCACCGGGGUCGCGAUACGACAAGUGGGCGCAGGCCAUCUUUGCUCAUCCGGCUUUCAAGGCUACCACGAGUACGGAGGAUCUCUACCUUGACUCGUAUGCGCGAUAUGCUGAGAAUAGGCCAAACACGAGUCAAGUGGCUAAUGCCAUCAACUCAGGACGCGGCCUCCCUUAA